UUUUCUCUUGCAUUUCUCCACGAUACUAAUUACUACUAAACUACUCUAUAGCCUAUAGUUAGUGCUUAGUACCCACUCUCUCUUCCCAUUCUUCAAUCUCCCUCUUUCUCUGUUUGUGUCAGAGAUGAGCUUAGUAUAGCAGCAAUGACUCUACCACCUCAAUCUCAACCCCACCACCACCGCCACUCCACCUGCAACCGCCACCCCUCAAAACCCAUCACUGGUUUCUGCGCAUCUUGCCUCCGGGAACGUCUCGCCGGCAUUGACCCCGACACACACCAAGAAACCCCUAUUACCUAUCUUGCCAACGAGCUCCGCCGUAGUAAAUCCUAUUCCAGUAGCUCAAAUCCAAAUGCAUCCUCCAGCUCCACCAGCACCACCACCAUCUCCGAGCCUCGCCGCAAGUCUUGCGAUGUUAGGUCAAGGAACACUCUCUCUGAUCUGUUCCAUAUUGAUGAUAAGAGAAAAUAUAGCUUGAAUAGGAAGCCAAAGGGUUUGGGUUUGGAUUUGGGACGUGAAUUGAAAGAAGAGGAGGAAAAUGGCGCUGAAGUUAGGGUUGCAGAUGAUGUUAAUGUAACAAAUGUGAAUGCUAGUGAAAUAAAUUUAGAUGAUGAGUUUGAAGAGGAUGGAGAGUUUAAAACAAUGAAGGAGUUUAUAGAUCUUGAAUUGGAGAGAAAGAAAAAUGGAGGUAGAGAUUUAAGAAACAUUGCAGGGAGCUUUUGGGAUGCUGCUUCAAUAUUUAGAAAGAAAUUAGUUAAAUGGCAGAUAAAACAGAAGAAAGAAAAGAAGGAAAAGAAACAUGGUGUUGUUAUCGGUGGUGGUGGUAGAGAUGGUAAUUUUGCAAUGGAAUUUGAGAAGCCAAGUAUUAGAAGAUUAAGAGAAACCCAAUCAGAGAUUGGAGAGUAUGGAUUUGGAAGGAGAUCUUGCGAUACUGAUCCAAGACUAUCAGUUGAUGUAGCUAGGCUGUCCGUUGAUGAUGCAAGGUAUUCUUUUGAUGAGCCUAGAGCUUCUUGGGAUGGUUACUUGAUUGGUAAAUCUUAUCCGCGUCUUGCACCAUUGGUAUCUGUUGUGGAGGAUGUGAAGUUACCUGCGAAUGGAAUUGGAAAUGUGAAAGAUAAUGUGGACUUGAAGAAUGAAGGAGAGAGUAGCCCUGGAGGCAACGCACAGACUAGGGAUUAUUAUUCUGAUAGGAGGAGAAGGAGGAGCUUUGAUCGUCUUGGUUCAAAUAGGAGAUUGACAUUAGGUGAUGAUGAGUUCAAAUCAAUAUCAAAUGCUAAGGUAUCUCCUGAAACAGUUGGGUUAUUCCAUGGAGCUAAGUUGUUGGUUACAGAGAAAGAAUUAAGGGAUUCGAAUUGGUAUUCACUUAAAGAUUAUCAGGCAGAGAGUACUGAUGCUAAGGAUGUGGAAUCUGUUGUUGGUGGAGUUAGCAAAAAAGGUUUGAAAUUCAAGAAGUUGCAGACAUGGCGUAGCAUGUGGAAUAUUUGGGGUUUGAUGCAGAGGAGAAGUGAGAGCAAAUGCGGCGAUGAGGAAAGGAGUAUUGGUGGAAAUGUGGCUGAUGGGUCAGCGACAGAGUCUUGGCAGAAAUUGAGUGGUGUGGCCGAUGUCGAAGCAAAGGGCACUGUUAGCCAAAAGCUUAUAAGGAGUUACACUAUUAGUGCUAAGGAUUCCAGCAAAAUGGCCUGUGGUGCAGGUGAGACCAAAGAGAAUGGUAUGAAGAGAAGAGAAGACCUUGUGCUGCAGCGUAAUAGGAGUGCCAGGUAUUCUCCAAACAACCUGGAUAAUGGCCUGUUAAGGUUCUACUUGACUCCAUUGAGAAGUUAUGGAAGAAGCAAAUCUGGAAAGAGUCGGCUACAAAACUCACAUUGUUUGGCAAGGAAUGUUCUGUAAAGGUGCAUACCUGCGUUAAUUGUUCCUCAGUGAAAUGUGAUGUUGUAAAGACAUAACUUAAUGUGUUUCUCCUUGUUCUAUAGAUAAAAACUCGUCAUAUUUAUCACUUCUUCUCUCUGCUUAAUACAUGUUUCUAAUAAGUCAGCAAUGAUAAUUAGAAAAUUUUUGUUUUUGCUCAAUUUGAAUUUAGUAAUGGUGCUUACAGAGGCAAUAUAGAUGGCAUAUUCUUUUGGCAA